GUGACCGAUAAAUAUAAACUUUCUACAAAACAUACAACAUGGCAGCAUCAUUAGAAUUAUAGUAGAAAUAAAAAUGGAUGAUUACGCAAUUUCGAUGUCAUUGAUACGUCUUUUUAUGUUUUGAUUCACGAUCGUUUUCUAAACCUUCCGACAACGAAUCGACAAAUGUCGCGAAUAUGUUUGCAUAGAUAUCGAUAUAGAAAUCCUGAAUGGAAUUACGAUGACAUUAAUGAGAGUUUGUUGAAAUGUCAUGUGUUGUUUUAUACGAUCAAGGAAGUUCACUGUGUCAUUUUCUUAAUUCAGUGCUCGAUAUCGUGUUUGAAAGGAACCCACGCAUAAUUUUCGCUUACUAUAGGAAGAAGUUUGCGUCAGGGUUAAAACAUUAUUAUAUACGUUUGAAUAUUAUAUUGCAUCGCUUAUCAUGUUUCGAUGUGACGUAAACAAUGUUUCAAUUUUUUAAAAAGCCUGGACAAAAAGACAGGCCCAGAUCUUUACAAACUUCACCCACAAAAUCAACAAGCUCUGGGAAAUUAUUUGGAGAUGUAUUCAAUAGUAAUUCAUCAAUCCAGACACCAACAGAUGCUUUAUGCAGUCUUGAGGAAGAACAGGAAGAUGAAAUUUUUAAUGGUAAAACGAAAGAAACAUGUUCCUUCAACUCUCAGCUUUCUAAGACACUUCCACAGAUACUUGCUGACAAAGGUGCUCUAGGUUAUUUCAUUCAAUUUAUGGAAACACAAAACUGCAUUGCACUUAUUAAGUUUUGGUUAGAAGUAGAAUGUUUGUGCAGCUCAUUUAACGUAUUAAAAGCUAAAAUGGAAAAUAUUGAAUGUUUAAGUUGUAUAAAAAAUUCAAAUAAUAUUGCCAAUUCGAUAGACAACAAUAAAAAUUUUCAGUGUGAUAUGACACAGAAUAAUAUAAAUAAUUUUGAGAGCAAAAAUCUACUAUUUAAUGAACAUGUAAAUAGUACUGAAAUAAAUAAUACGAAAUCAAAUUGCAAUGAUAUGCCAAAGACUAGUCAAACAAUAAGUAACAUACGACAAUCAAAUCACGAUUGUAGAAGGAAAGAUAUGACCAUCAGACAAGAUGCAUUAAGAAUUCAUAAAAGAUAUAUUAUUAAGGAUACUUUGGGUACAAAUAAAAUUCCUGAAGAUUUGAAAAAAAAAAUGGAAGAAGUUCUUACCUUAGAAAAUAUUGAGCCUAUGUUGCAGUGCCUAUCAGCUGUUCAAAAGAUUAUAUAUCAAAUAUUAGAAACUGAAUACAUUAAUGACUUCUUACGAAGUGAAUUUCAUUGCAAACAUCAGAUUGAUGUUCUUACAAGUGGCAAUGUACAGUUAGCAGAUAUAUUGUACAAUGAAACUGCAUUUUUUUACUUUAUGGAAUUUAUGGAACUUGAAAACAAACGUGAAUUAUUAGACUUCUGGAUGUCAGCUAUGAGUUAUAAACAAAAUUUAUUAGAAAAGAAAAAUGGUAUAGAUCCAGAGGAGGCACAAACUGAUGCUCUAAUUAUUUAUGACAAGUAUUUUAGUUUACAAGCAACGAUGCCCCUUGGUUUUAGCGAUAAAAUUCGUUUCCAAGUUGAGCAGAAUAUUUGUCGCGAAGAUGGAGAGGGACCACAAUCCGAUUGUUUUGAUAAACCUUGUAAAAUUGUAUAUAAUUUUUUGAAUAAGUAUUAUCUACCUACUUUCUUAUCAUCUCAGUUAUAUUACAAAUAUUUAUCAGAAUUGAUUAGUGCUAUACAAAGCAGUCCAUGUUCAAAUUUACAUCCUAGAUUAAAAAGAGCAGGUUCUGAUUGUAGUAGUGAAGUCAGUUCUGUUAGUAUUAAUAUGCAAAAUACCCUGCAGGCAGGGAAUGAUGGAAGUAGAUUAAAUAAUAAUAAUAAUAAAAGAAAUAUUACCAAUAGUAUGAACAUUGAUACUAGACAACUUUAUGAUCCUGAUUCUUUAUGGAAACGUAAUAAAUAUAGUUUGAGCGUCGGUUAUAUUGAUGAUUUAGGAAGAUUCGUUACUGAAAUUGAGCCCGAUCCUCAAAGAAAAUAUGAAUCUCGAUUAACACGUGCUGUAAAAAGAUUUGUAAAUAUGGAACAAGAUAAGGCCAAAGAAGAGUUAGCAUGGAAGAUUGCCGAGAUGAUCAUUCGUGAGAUCACUUCUUUGACUUUAGGAGCUUCAAAUUUUUCAUCUUGAUAACA